UUGCAGAACGCCGCUGAGGACGUACCAUACGAGAGCUUCGUAAAGAAAGUGAACGAUAAAGCGAAGGAUGCUUUGGACGAUUUUUUUGAUCACUUAACGAACGAUUCAAACAAAUUUGUACCAGCUGAUGGAAAUGUUCAUCAAGUUACAUCGAACACACUUAAUUUUUUGAAUAGUUUAAUGGAUUAUCGGCAAACAGUAACACAUCUGUUGGCGUCUACAGGAGCAAAAGGAAAUCAGUCGACACAUUUCCCUCGACUUUUCGCACGUGCGUUAUCUGCUUUGGGGCUAAAUUUGAAGAAUAAAGCGGAAACAUACGGUGACGAAACGUUAGCCGCGGUAUUUCUGCUGAACAAUAACAAUUACAUUCACAAUGCCCUCCAAAACAACGGAAUGUUUGCGGUUGUUGGUGAACACAAUUCUCAAGUGCGAUCUUUCUAUCGCUCCGAAAUUAGCGUCUACUGCAAAAAAUACCUGCAAAGUUGGAAUCGUGUUGUAUCGAUCAUAGCAGUCGAUCUGUCAACAUUCGAUGAUAAAACAACACUCAAAAAUGCUCUUGUGGCAUUCAAUGCAGAGCUGGAAAGGCUGAUCACGGCGCAGCAGGAGUACUGCUUAGCGGAUACGAAAUUAGCGCACGAUAUUAAAUCGGAAAUAAAAUCACUCAUCUGUGAGCCGUACGCCGAAUUUCACGCAAAGCUAAUGCGUUCCACAAUCUCGAAAGGAGUUGGCAAGCAUACGAAAUAUUCGCCGGAAUCACUCGAAAUGCUUGUUGACAGACUGUUUGACGUUGUCGCUUAA